AUGCCUCUGAAAAGCCCUGAGAACAGUUCUGACAGCCCUGAGAUCCCUCAGUCACGAGUGGUAACACGUACCUGCGCUUAUUCAAAUUUCAAUAGGUUGAUUCCUUUUGAGACAGUCUCAGAAUGGGCCAAAGUAGGGUUGAUUCCUUUUGAGACAGUCUCAGAAUGGGCCAAAUCACAAGUGGUAACACGCACCUGGGCUUAUUCAAAUUUCAAUAGUACAUGGAUUACGAAAUCAAUUAGAAUCGACACGGCUGAACGUACAGGGUUGAUUCCUUUUGAGACAGUCUCAGAAUGGGCCAAAGUAGGGUUGAUUCCUUUUGAGACAGUCUCAGAAUGGGCCAAAGUAGGUGCCUGA